CUUCCGCUCUCCGCGGUGCGUAGCGAGGGGGGGGGGGGAGGCACCGCCCCGGCCCCGCCGCGCUGGCGGGACCCGCGGCCGCGCAGCUACAAGCACUCCCUUGAGACAUGGACCAGUCAGCGGAUGCAUCCGGGCUCCUGGAAGGCUCUGAUAUUGAGUCUCAGAAAGAGAGAGUGGUGACAGAGGAGGAAUGGCUACAAAAAUGGGAAAUGGGUAACAUCGGGUUUCACAAGGAACAACGGCAUCCGCUCCUCCAAAAGUAUCUGGAUGUUCUUUUAAAUGGCAGGAGUGGACUGAGGAUAUUUUUCCCACUUUGUGGUAAAGCCGUAGAGAUGAAAUGGCUGGCAGACAUGGGGCACACCGUUGUUGGUGUGGAGGUCAGCGAGCAAGCAGUGAAGGAAUUUUUUUCAGACCACAGUCUGCCUUAUUGUGAGGAGCCAGUCCCUGAGAUUUCAGGAGCAAAAAUGUUCCAGAGUACCUCUGGCAACAUUUCUCUCUACUGCUGCAGUAUUUAUGACUUGUCCAGCUCAAUAAUUGGCAAAUUUGAUGGGGUUUGGGACAGAGGAGCUCUUGUAGCUGUGAAUCCAUGUGACAGACAACGCUAUGCCAGUUUGAUGAUCAACCUAGUGGAGAAAAAUUCUUCUUAUCUCCUUGUUACUGUUUCAUAUGAUCCAAACAAACACAAAGGCCCACCAUUUUAUGUUCCUGAAUCUGAAAUUAAAAGUUUGUUUGGUGCAUAAGGAGAGCUAGUAGCAGUGGGGUGACUGGGACGUCUGUAACAAUCUGGUGGAUAUAUGAAUAUUCCAGCGGGCAGUUGGAUGUCGUGAUGGACAUUUGAACGCUCUGGUGGUUAUAUGAACGCUGUUGGACGUGCGGGGGCUGUGGUGACAGGGACAGGGGCACUGCGCGCUGCCGGCGGGAAGGGCGGCCCGGGCCCUG